GACUCCUCUCUCUCUCACACGCCUGCUUGUUCUCCUCUCCUCUCUCUCUCUCUCCCUCACUCACUCACCCUCUCUCUCUCACUCUCUCACUCACUCUUCACCGCUUGCGCUCUCAAAAGGUGUCCCAGUCCAUCCGGUUCAGCUCAGACCCGCUGCUUAAUCCUCUCGCGCACUCGCUCUCUCUCUCUUUCCCCCUCUCUCUCUCUCUCUCUUUCCCUCACUCUCCCUCGUGCGCGUUCCAUCUCUCCUACACACACACACACACACACACAUAGAAGAAGCAGCUUUGCGCACGGACACAAUACACACGCACGCACGCACACACACACACAUCUUUACACACCAAACGAGAAGAGCCCAGCAGGCCUUUCAUCCAGCAGGUCCAAGGAACACCUCACACCAGCAAGUCCAGCAUGGAUGUUCUUAUGAAGGGAUUCUCCAUGGCCAAGGAAGGAGUGGUGGCCGCCGCAGAGAAGACCAAGGCAGGCGUGGAGGAGGCAGCCGCCAAGACCAAGGAGGGCGUCAUGUAUGUGGGUGAAAAGACAAAACAGGGAGUAGAAGCCAGCGUAAAUAAAGUGGCCAACAGGACCACUGACCAGGCCAAUAUUGUUGGAGACCCUACAAUGGCCGGUGCUGACCUCUCCCAGCAGACAGGGCAGGGAGUGGAGAACGUGGCUGCCGGCUCCGGCAUGGUCAACCCGGAUGAGGUUGCUUAUGAGGCUGACUUUCAGGGAGGCAUGGAGCAGGGAGGAGAUGGAGGAGAGGGUUAUUAAGCUGCUGGUGGGCAGCCGACCCGUCCUGUUCCCCCCUCAGCACCACUCAGAGCCCGGCACCUGCAGGCCUCUGCCCCUCCUCGACUCCAGAUGUUAUUGAUGAUAUUUUUUGUGACUGUAUGGAUACCAAACUUCAAAAAAAAGAGACUCUCCCAGAACCCUCUUUCCCAAAUUGCCCCCUUUACUGCUCGGUGUAGCUCUAUACUCAUGCCCCCCCUGCCCCCCCUGCCCCGUCCCACACCCACCCCCACCACCCACCUCCUGCUCCUCCAGUGUUGUUGUUGUCAUGCUACUACCCACCCUAGUGUUACUGUUACCUCCACUGCCCACUAUGUGACUCAUUACACACACACACACACACACACACACACACACAUACACACACACAUACACACACACCAUCAUCAGCACACACACACACACACACACUGUCAUCAGCACACACACACACACACACACACACACACACACACACACACACCGUCAUCAGCACACAUGCACACACACGGACAUGCACACGCAGGCACAAAUGCAUACACACAGUCUUCAGACUUGGGAGCAAAAAGGGAGUUUGAAGAAUACAUAAAGGGAUUAUUACUGUAAGGCUUUUGAGGAUUAUGUGGGAUUGUGAGAGUUUGCAACUGAAUGUGAUUGGGCCCGACACAGCUGUGAAUUGAGCUAUGCACGGACGUGGGGAUAGGUGGCAUGGUUGGGGAUGUUUAAGAUGGGAAGUUGCUGUUGGUAUUGAACGUGAGAAAGCAAUAUGUAUUUUCUUCCACUCCAUCAUGGGCAUGUAGCAAUAUAUUGUAUUAUAUUUCUUUGCUUCACUGGGGACAUCAAGUUAUAUAAUCUGCAGUUUUUGUCUUCACAAAAGUGCAAUGUGUUCUGCAGUCCAGUGAGGUGUGUAUGAAAUUCACUCAGAAAUACAGUACAAUCCUCUGCCUUGUGUUCCAUAUAAGAGUAUGUGUCAUUGCUUGUGGAUUGCAGUAAUGUCAGUAGUGAUAUGGUUUGGCAGUGCAUAUUUAAAAAAAAAAAAACAAUUAUUUAUUAUGUCAGAUUAUUUUUGAAUGUAAGAACAGAUAUAACCUAGAACACAAAGUAUGCAUUAAACUAUUUUUGUUCAUUUAACAAAGAUAGAUGUGCAUUUUCUUGGUUGGCUUGUCUUUGUAAAUCUGUGAUUACGUAAAGAGUUCUAUAUAUAUAUAUAUGUAUAGGAGUGUUCAUACUGUAGCUAGAGAGCCAUCCAUUUUAUGUUUCUAUCUGUUCUUGGUAAAAAUAAUUCGAGUUGGUGAGAGAGGGGGUUGUAUAGUCACAAUGUAGAGUGAGAAAAGGAGGACAAAACACCGAGUGCUGAACACCCUUCAUUUGUCUGUCCUGAUUUUAUUGGAACGCAUGUUUGUGCAGUUGGUGUGCCACCUCUUCAAUGCCCGCAGUGUAAAGCAAUAGACCAGUCAUGAUAUCUGACUGCCUCUCUAGGUUUGUUCUUCAGUGGUUGUGUUGGUUUAUUAGCAAUGUUGUUGUAUCAAGCAAAUGCUAAAGAUGUUCAUGAGAUUUUUUUAAAUUAAUUACAGAGGACUGUCUGUCACAAUUGUUGGAUCUGUCCUUCUUCCCCACUCUCAGUUGGAUACCUAAAUUUCUGACACCAAUUUAUCUGUUAACAGUGUGUGCUACCCCCUGCCGAAGGCUUGUGUCUGCUUUAGAUAACUAUGACAGAUCUUUUUAACAUCGCAGUGAGUUCUUUCUUUGAAGCCAUUGGAAAACUGAGGACUGCAUGUUGCCUUAUCAGCACUUAGAUACACACACACACGCACGCACGCACGCACACACGCACACACACCCACACUCAUGCACACCCCUGUCACAAUUUCACACCCACGCACAAACACUCACACAUACACAAACAUGCACAGGCGCAUACUGUGAGGCACAUUUACAUACCUGCACAGACCUCAAUCCCACCAUGCACAUACGUGCGCGCACACACACACACACACACACACACACACACACACACACACACACACACACACACACACACACACACACACACACACACACACACACACAGCACAUUUAAGUUGGCAUCAAAGCAGACAAGCUGAUUUUAUAAAUAGUCAAGUGAAAUAAAGAGUUUUGUUGAAAUGUAAA